AAUUAGGUGCGAAAAACUCCAUCCGCACGUCAAAAGUCCGAAAUGUGACAAGAUCAUGUCAAUAUACAUAAACUAUUAUUUGGCUCGGAUUAUAUUAUGAAUUUACAUGUUUUCUACAUACAAAUAGGCUUUAUGUUGUUCCUUUUAAGUCCCACCUUGACCAAAUCGUUACCGAUUGUCAGCCGCGAUACUGAUCUCGAAACGUACAGCGAUCUUGAAAACUCCUUUAAAUCGAACGAACUUGAAGCUAUUCACGCGUCGAAUACGCGUAGCGCAGGAAAGCACCGAAAAGAAGCAAAUCACGGGAAACAACACAGGGAAGCAAGGCAAUCUGAUGAUCAACCUUUAAAUUAUUUAAAUAAACAAUGUGCGGUUAUGUAUAAAAAUGGUGAACCAGUGGGUAUUCUUCAGCCAUACAAAGACAAAUAUCAACUGCUCCCAGUGGACAAGGAAGACGUCAUACCUGUAGAAAUAAGUUUAAUGGAAGCAGCUGGAAUUAAUCUUGGUCCACAGAAACGCGAAACGAAACAAACCAGUGAAUCUGAGGUUAAAACUGCCAAUUUGGCAGCAUAUGCUGACGAAAGAUACCCGUACAUAUUCGCCAAGUUCAAAAUCGACAGUAGGGUGGAAAAAGGGAAUAAUCGCAUGUUGAAAAAUAUGCAGAAACGCGACCUGAAACCUAAGAAAUCGCCAUUAUUUAGUGAAAAAGACAGUAACUCAUUAAGAUCAUCACUAUCGAAGUUUGAAACUGAUUCUGAAGGGGCAGAGUCAGCACUAAGAGACGUACUGUCUGAUCUGGGCCUCAUAGAUGAACCUACUGUUAAUAAACGAUCAGCAGAUACUGAAAAAGAUAAUGCUGGACCAGAAGCAAACAAAAAUAGCCUUAUUGAGAUUGUCAACAAUGACCAAUUGCAAGCAAAAUCAAAGAAGAAAAGAACCGCUCCCAAAUACAAACGCCCGACAUACUCUGCACCUAAAGGAAUGAGCGAUGAUGAAUAUUAUGAUAAAUACAUUGAUGCACAUCCGGAAAUUUUCGAACAGAAUAGGGAGAGCAACAAUAAUGAACAUCACGAGAAGAAAAGAGAACAUCACAGCCAAGAAAAUGAAGAGAGACAUUCCGAAGUAAAAUCAGAAGAAGAGAAAUCAAUAGUGGUGAAAAAACGGUCGUCGUCAGAAGAUGCUGAAAGUACUAACCAGAAAAGCUCAGAGGAGCUGGAGGAAAGGGUGGCAAAUCAGAUCAACAGUAAACUGCAGAGUAUCAAGGAACAAGUAAGGAACGAAAUCGAGAUGCUGAAUAGGGAGAAAGAAGAGUACAUUGAGGAACCGGAAGAUAGUGAAGAUGAGGAAGAAAAAGAUAAAUCCCAAAGAAAGAAAAGAAACAUAAUGGUAUCCCUUCUGGACCAAGAAACUGACGAUCUGGACCCCGUAUUAGCUGAGAACAAUUUGGAGCCCCACAUUAGGCGAAGACGGAGCCUUACUAAAGAAUAUUUUGACAUUGAUGAUGAAAAAUCAAUUCAGGAGCUAAAUGAUGACACAAGCAAAAUUAUAAAUUAUUUAGACAAAGAUAAUGACUAUAUUGAUCCAUUAGCAGAGGAGAAUCCGAGCUCGGCAAGUAGCAGAAAUAUUAACAGUGACGAUAACACUUUGAUUAUUGAUUUGAUGGAUCAAAGUACAGUGAUUAAUAGGAAUGGUGAGGAACUUGGUGCAAGAGGGUUUAAUUCUAUCAAAAUGGAAGAGGAUAGGAACAGUAAAGGUAUUGUAACAACAGACCUGAACCAACUGCAACAAUGUCUAACAACCAGCGAACCGCCCUUCCAUAUCCGAAACCUAAAAGCGUUCGACUACGAUAAUCCAUCCCUAAACCAGCACAGUGACGCCAAAAGAUCCAUAAAACAAACCCGGAGCAAUUCCUGUAAAUGUAUCGGUCAAAAGGGUUGCAAGUGUAGACCCCACCUACGCCACCCUAAACCGGAAAAAAUUGAUUUACUAACCGACGAUGGCAAUCCAGUGAUUUAUUUGGACGACAAUUUAGUGGAAAUUCCGCGAUCGGACACUUUAGGGUACGUCAAAGAGAGAAUUUCCCAAUCGAACCAUAAAAACGUUGAAAAAGAAGAAAUAAAACGACACGUAAGACAAAGCGGAAACGUUAGGGACGUUUUACAAGAUGGGGGUUAUACGUUGGAUUUGGAACCGGACAUUUAUAGGAUAACCGGGGCGCAGGAUCAGACACGUCACAAGCGGGAUAAUUUCUUUGAUCUUGUGGCGAUACACGGGGGCGGACCGGCGAUGGACCACUUGGUAGCAGUAAGGGAAAGAAGCAUGUUUUCGCCCCGCAUAAGACGCAAACGCAGCAGCGAUUUCUUAACCUUGAAAGAGAUGAAGGACGAAGAACUUUUCGGUGCUUUACCACAAAGCUACCAAGGGGAAUUGGCGAGGGUCAAGCGGAUUAGGAAGAGAUGAAGCGAUUCUUGUUUGUUUAGUGGAAUUAAGUCUAAAUAAUGUGGAAUGCUUCGCAGAAUGAGUGGGAUUUUAUCAUUUUUAUCGGAUAGUAGUGUGUUUGUGAAUAAAGGUCUAUAUUUAUAUGUGGUAA